UAUAACAAAAUGUCAACACCAUUGAAAAAAAUUGCUGUGGUAACUGGUAGUAAUAAAGGUAUAGGUUACGCCAUUGUAAAAGGUUUAUGUGAGAAAUAUGAUGGUUUGGUAUAUUUAACAGCUAGAGAUGUUGGUAGAGGCGAGGCUGCAGUUAAAAAACUGAAUGAACUCGGUUUUAAACCGUUGUUUCACCAGUUGGAUAUUACAAGUAAAGAAAGCAUAAAAAAAUUAAGGGAUGACAUUGUUCGAGAACAUGGUGGUAUUGACUUAUUAAUCAAUAAUGCAGCAAUUGCUUACAAGACAGAUGCCACAGAACCUUUUGGAGAACAAGCAGAAAAUACUAUCAAAGUAAAUUACUUUGCUACAUUAGAGGUUUGCAAUGUUUUAUUCCCCAUCUUACGUCAAAAUGCCAGAGUUAUUAACUUAUCAAGCUCUGCUGGACGACUUUCACGAAUUCCAUCUUCUGAUAUUCGAGACAAAUUCAAAGAUUCAAAAUUAACAGUACCUAAACUUAAUGAGUUAAUGCAGGAAUUCGUUAGAUUGGCUAAGGAAGGAGCUGACAUUUCUAACACAUGGGGCAAUUCUACUUAUGUAGUCUCUAAGGUGGGCCUUUCUGCUUUAACAUUUAUACAACAGCGAGAGUUUGAUGCAGAAACACCUUCAAGAAAUAUUUCUGUCAAUUGCUGUCAUCCUGGAUAUGUUGAUACUGACAUGACAAGCCACAAAGGUCCUCUAACUGUUGAGGAAGGGGCCCGUUCGUCAUUAUACCUUGCUCUUGAAAAUCACGGUCUCAAGGGAAAAUUUGUUUGGGAAGAUUGUAGCCUCAUUGAGUGGACAACGGCCUAAGUUACCACGUUCUUGGUUUUAACUGCUCAUUAUUUUGCAUUUUUGUAUCACUGAAUACUAAAUACCAACUAAUGUAUGUGAAAGCAAUAUUAUAUCGUUAAUAAACAUAGUUUGUUACUAAAAAAGUAAAAAUAUAAAACACA